AUGGCCGAACUCAAGGUCAAAAUCAAGGAGCAGGAGCGAAUCGACGCGGAGAACGGGGAUAACGUUAAGAACAGAGCUAGAGAGACAGUGGAGGCAACCGUCCGAGGCUACAACGAAGUAGAAUUCGCCCGGCUUAGAACUGUUACGAUUUAGAACUCGCAACGAAGUAGAAUCGUUCGGAGUAGAACAGCGAUUUGAAGUGAGGAAACAGCGGCGGAAAGCGGGUCGAGCACACUUGCAACCGUGUUUCGCCAGGGCCGCCGCUGUUUCGCCAGAACUCCGCCAGAACACUGCGUUGUUUUCCGUUGAAACGGCGUUACUCCGCCGUUUCGACAAAAGCGCCGCGGCUGUGGCCUCGCCACGAUUUGAGCUUGGCGAAACAGCGGUCAUCCGCGGUUUCCUCAAAACGCCUCUUUCGCCGCUGUUUCCUCACUUCAAAUCGCUGAGCAACCGUGUUUCGCCACAGUGCCGCCGCUGUUUCGCCAGAACUCCGAGUACGGCGGAGCGCGCUUGCUUAGACGAAUGCGCUUUUUCUGGAAGAGAGAGAGCUGACUUCUUGCAUUGCAAUAACGUCAAACGAGACGGGAACAAAUAAAAUGACUAUUUCUGCCUUUAUAUACCCCUGUGGGCGUGGCCAUUCUAAUUAGUGGACGUGGCCACUGCACCUGGCUUUUGCUUCUUCCUGUUGUGGGCCUCGUAUACUUUCCCACAGUCCUUUGUCGGCAUUCUUAUCACUAAUCUCCGGCGGUAAUUAAGACCAGGGUGAGCUCCCGAGACUGAAUUCCCUGGAAUUGCCGGAAAAGUGAUGAGAGAACUUCCCUAGAAGCGCUUUCCCGAGAAGUGUGAAGACUUGUCGUUCCCGGUAACGGGAAGUCCUUUAGACUUCCCGUUACGGAGCUCAUGGAGCCUAUGGAUACGGAUCCGGAUCCACCUACGCCGGACACCCUGGAUACGAAUACUACUGA